AUGGGGGUACCGCGAGCAUCCAGCCCCCAGAAGGGGGACCGCGAGCGUCCAGCCCCCAGACGGGGGUACCGCGAGCAUCCAGCCCCCAGACGGGGGGACCGCGAGCAUCCAGCCCCCAGACAGGGGACCGCGAGCGUCCAGCCCCCAGACGGGGGACCGCGAGCAUCCAGCCUCCAGACGGGGGACCCCGAGCAUCCAGCCUCCAGACGGGGGACCGCGAGCGUCCAGCCCCCAGACGGGGGACCGCGAGCGUCCAGCCCCCAGACGGGGGACCGCGAGCGUCCAGCCCCCAGACGGGGGACCGCGAGUGUCCAGCCCCCAGAUGGGGGACCGCGAGCGUCCAGCCCCCAGACGGGGGACCGCGAGCGUCCAGCCCCCAGACAGGGGGACCGCGAGCAUCCAGCCCCCAGACGGGGGACCGCGAGCAUCCAGCGCCCAGACUGGGGGACAGCGAGCGUCCAGCGCCCAGACGGGGGGACCGGUUUCUCUGAGAAGAUUUCCUUUGAAGCGGAUGAUCUGUUCAAUGACAACGGCACCUAUGACUAUAACUACGCCUACAACUAUAACUACUCCAGCGACUAUAACUACUCCAGCGACUCCUGCUGUGGUCAGGCGUGUACCCAGCAUGAUGGCGUCUUCGAGCCCGUGCUGUACUCCCUGAUCUUCGUGCUGGGGUUGCUAGGGAACGGGCUGGUCAUAGCAGUGCUGCUGCAGUUCAGGCGCACCUGGAAUGUGACGGACACUUUCAUCCUCCACCUGGCGCUGGCCGACUUCCUGCUGGUCAUCACGAUGCCCUUCUGGGCCACCGAGGCCGUCCACGGCUGGGUCUUCGGAACCGGGCUGUGCAAGAUCGUAGGGGCCACUUUCAAGGUGAACUUCUACUGCUGGAUAUUCUUGCUGGGCUGCAUCAGCUUGGAUCGCUACCUGUCCAUCGUCCACGCGGUCCAGAUGUACAGCCGGAGGAAGCCCUGGGUGGUCCAGGCCAACUGCGUGAUCAUGUGGGGGGUCUGUUUCCUCAUGAGCGUCCCUGACCUGGUGUUCCUGGAAGCCGUGAAGGACGACAGGAGAGACGGCCGGACGGAGUGUCUCCACAACUACAGCAUCGAAGCGGCAGGACAGUGGAGGCUCUUCUCCCGGCUCCUGUACCACAUCGCUGGGUUCUUCCUCCCCUCCGCGGUCAUGGUCUUCUGCUACACCAUGAUCCUCCACACGCUGGGCAAGUCCCAAGGCCUCCAGAAGAGAAAAGCCAUGAAGGUAAUUCUGGCUUUGGUGGUGGCUUUCUUUGUGUGCUGGACUCCCUUCAACGUGGUCAUCUUCUUGGACACGCUGGUCUUGGAGAAAGCGAUGGAGCCAACCUGCGGGAUGCAGAAUUUCCUGGAUAUUGGGAAGACUGUCACCUCCUGUCUGGGGUACCUGCACUGCUGCCUGAACCCCAUCCUGUACGCCUUCGUGGGGGUGAAGUUUCGGAAUAACCUCCUGGAUGUUUUGAGCACGCUCGGCUGCAACAUCAAGAAAUAACGGCCAGUCGGGUGGAGGGGAACCAAUUGGUCGGAAUCUGGGGAUACGAGUGUUUUGAGGAAAAGCUCCAGGGGGGCCACAGCACAGUCACAGAGCUUUUAGAACCCCAUGCAAAAUGGACACCAUUGGUUUUUUUUGUGUGUUUUUUUACAGUAGGCUAAAAGGCACAUUUUUAUAGUUUUUUUUUUUAAAUAAAUAAAUAACCCUGAAUGAUAUGGAA